AUGACUGCCCAGAAGACUGCCCUACUUCCCAUCCUCGCUGUUGUGAUGGGUCUUGUGCUUCUCUCCUCGCCGGCCCAUGCGUGGUGGUGCAAGGGCCACAUGGCGGUGGCGGAGAUCGCGCGGCGGCACUUGGAGCCCAACGUUGCGGCUCUGGUGGAGGCAGCGGCGUCGGAUCUCAGCAAGAGCGGCCCGUUCCCAAAGAGUCCAGACUUUGUUCAGCUUUCGUGCUGGGCGGAUGAUGUCAAGUCGUUGGGGCUUGGGGUGAUGGGGGAAUGGCAUUACAUCGAUACUCCAUACAAUCCGCAGAAUGUUCCCAUCAAGAAGUGGCCAGUGUCACCUGAGAAUGUGCUGACCGUAAUUAAAGGGUUGGUGAAAACUCUUGAAAACCCCAAGAAAUUGGUUUUACCGCAAUAUGUGAUCAGCUUUGCCAUCGCCAAUCUCGUACACUUCUACGGCGACAUCCACCAGCCACUGCACGCCACUGAAUUGCACUCACCAGCGUACCCAAAUGGUGACGGUGGUGGCAAUACUGAAACAGUAUACGUCAACGGAUCCAAAAUGAAGCUUCACGCCCUCUGGGACUCCAUCUGCGAGGGCCCACAAGUGGAUCCACCGCGGCCGCUCAAGUCCUCCGACUACGCAGACAUCAAGAAGUUCGCCGACUACCUGGAGGAUACAUACAAGUUCACGGCGAAGCAGAAGGCCGAGACGAACGCCUCCGUGAUGGCUGAUGAGAGCUACACCGCUGCUGUGGAGGCGGUGUACCCUGGUAUCAGCAACGGUGUGACAGUGAACGAGACGUACCUCGCACAGUGUAAGGCCACAGCGGAACCACGAGUCGCCCUUGCCGGCUACCGCCUCGCCACACAGCUAAAUGCCCUGUUUGCCAACAACAGCGUUGUGAAGGGGAAAUAUCAUUUUUUAGUUGCUUAUGUGAAAAAGUCUCUUGUUACAAGUUAUACCUGGUUAACAGGCAAUGAGGAAGGCUAUUAG